CACAUGUGCGCGCAGUGAGCGUCCCGAGCAGAGCGCGAGCAGAGCGUAGAGCGCGCGCCGCGUCUCCUGGACAUCUAAAACUAAAACAAACAGAAGUACAAAGAGAAAAGAAAGAAAGAAAGAAAGAUGGGACUCGAAAAGGAGAAAGAGGAGACGCGUGUCUUCAUGGACGAAGAUGUGUUUCACAGUACGAUCGAACCCAUUCUUAAGAAAGAGAAAGAGAAAGCGCGCGCGCCGCUCCGGGACAGGGACCCCAGAGACAUUCACGCGCACUUAAAGGUCGACUUUGAGGACGUGAUCGGCGAACCCGGCUCUGUGCACAGCCUGGACUCGGUGUGGAUCGGCAGCCAUGCGCUUUUCGAGCUUAUAAAGUUUGUUUUUUACCGGGUCCUGACGACGCUGCUGGCGAUCCCGAUGGCCUUCGUAUCAGGCCUUGUUUUCGCCAUCCUGAGCUGUGUACAUAUUUGGAUGGUGAUGCCCCUGGUGCACUGCUGUAUGAUGACGUUGCCCUCCGUCCAGGUGAUCUGGUCCAGUCUGAUGCACACGUUCGUGAGGCCGGUGUUCCGCAGCGCUGGCAAGUGUCUGUCUUCCGUCAACGUCAAGAGCUGCAGAACCGACCUGCUUUAAUCUCUCACUCGUCUACAAACCUUCUGAUGCCUUUCUGUGUUUUGGAGGAGAAGUUGGAGGAGAUCCCAGACCUGAUCAAUCACACCUGAGUCCUCUUCACGCUCAAAUUCAUCACGUGUGUUUGCUUUGGCCUGGGAUCAAACAACUCCCUGGUGAGACGACAAAACGUCUGAACAACGUCUGAGCAACGUACGAGGAAGUUGGCGUUUAGACGCUUUACCGUCAAAUACCCUUACGUAAAACAUCUUCUGCGCGAGCUUUAAAUGGUCAUUUAAUAUAAAUACACAUUGAAACGUUUUUGUACUGUAUAUCAGAAGAGUCGUGUGUAUAGUAGCGUGGAGACGACUUCCUGUUUCCUGUCUAUAUUAACCUUUAUGCUUUUGCCACAGUGCUGCUGAAUCCUCUAAUCUGAUUGGUCAGAAUUGACUUUUACGUCUUAACGCACUCGUUCUGAUUCCCUGACAGCACGACGUAUCACAAAUAGAACUUUUGUCGAUUUCCUGAAUGAAAGGUCACGUGACCCUCCUAACGUUCUAAAAAAAUGGUGCAUUGAUUUAUUUUAAUGAAUAAUGACUACUGUAUUGUAUCUUCCAGGAUAUUUGCCUUGUAAAUGCGUUGUUGAAAUGCCGACGGCUCUCGGCUGUGUGUGUGUGUGUGUGUGUGUGUGUGUGUGUGUGUGUGUGUGUGUGUGUGUGUGUGUGUGUGUGUGUGUGUGUGUGUGUGUGUGUGUGUGUGUGAAAUAGCCUCUCAGAAAGAAAG